AUGGUUGAUAAAAUAUCAGCAAACAGACUUUUUCAGUCACUGGUGUAUGAAGAUGGCGUUCUGGUGUCUGGGUCGCUGCAGGCGCUGAUACAACAUGCAGUCCCCACAGCCGUGUACUAUCCAGAUACUGCCUACCUCUUUGCAUUCCUGUUAUCAUCGCGACUCUUCAUCAAGCCUCAUGAACUCCUGCAACGAGUGUGUGAUGUUGGAUUUACUCAGCAAGGGUUGAAGGGGAAUGACCUUUCCACCAUAAAUAAGGAUAAGCUUGGAAGAUUUGUGCCUCAUAUGGUACAACUUCUCGGGGAAUGGAGUGAAACCUUUCCCUAUGACUUUCGUGACGAACGGAUGAUGAGCGGGGUACGCACGAUGACCCACCGCUGCAUUGCCCUGGAGCCUGCUCUUCGCCGUGAUGUCACUCAGGUCCUGCAUAAUCUACUGAAUAAACUGACUCAGCUAGAAAGGUACGAGGAAGGCCUGGCAAAGCUGCCUGUACCACCACCUUCUGACUUCAUUACACAGCCAACUGACAUCACAGAAGUCUGUCCAAGCCCACUUGUGAUGGCACAGCAGUUGACUCAUAUUGAACUGGAGAAGCUUUCCUUUAUUGGUCCUGAAGAAUUUGUACAAGCAUUUGCGAAAGACAAUCUUGACGCUUGUUAUAAAGAUCUGAAGAAAACAAGUAAUCUUGAAUCUUAUAUUCAGUGGUUUAACAGACUCUCCUAUCUUGUUGCCACACAUGCAUGUACGCACGUGAAGAAAAAACAACGCGUAAAGGUCAUCGAGUGGUGGAUUGAGGUAGCACGAGAGUGCUUCAACAUCGGCAACUUCAACUCUCUCAUGGGGAUCAUUGCUGGCCUAAAUAUGUCUAUUGUAUCAAGACUAAAAAAAACCGUAAGUGAUUUUUCUUCUUCAAGCACGCACACACACACACGAACGCACGCAAGGUUCAAGCGUUGA